UAUGUCCUUCUUCUACUGCUCGGCUGUACUAUCUUGAGCGGCAUAGAAAUCUUGCGAACGAACACUAAGGUCAUCCCGUAGUACAUCACCUCACCUACAAUUGAAAAGGAGCAAAGUCUUCUGUUUUUCCCUAGGACAGUACGCAAAAUAUCAUGUCCGCAUCAAGUGGCGCGCUCGCGCAGCUGCAACAGCUGGACGUGAGCACCGCCGCUGCCCGCGACCUGGUGUUUCACCUUCAAACCACGGCGAAAAAGAUUGACCCAACGAAUCCGGCCCAAAGUCGAGCUUUUCUGGAAGCGCUGAAACGCUUGCUCACCGGCUUGAAAUGGCACCUGGAGCAGGA